AAAAUAUGGAAAAAGAACACUCCCUUUCUGUACGAUUUGGUGAUGACCCAUGCCCUGGAGUGGCCCAGCCUCACUGCGCAGUGGCUUCUCGAUGUGACCAGACCUGAAGGGAAAGAUUUCAGCAUUCAUUGCCUUGUCCUGGGGAAACACACAUCGUAUGAACAGAACCACCUUGUGAUAGCCAGCGUACAGCUCCCCAAUGAUGAUGCACAAUUUGACACAUCACACUAUGACAGUGAGAAAGGAGAAUUUGGAGGUUUUGGCUCUGUUAGUGGGAAAAUUGAAAUAGAAAUCAAGAUUAACCAUGAAGGAGAAGUAAACAGGGUCCGUUACAUGCCUCAAAAUCCUUGCAUCAUUGCAACAAAGAUUCCAUCCAGUGAUGUUCUUGUUUUUGACUACACAAAACAUUCUUCUAAGCCAGACCCUUCUGGAGAGUGCAACCCAGACUUACGUCUCUGUGGACAUCAGAAGGAAGGCUAUGGGCUUUCUUGGAACCCAAAUCUCAGUGGGCACUUACUUAGUGCUUCAGACGACCAUACCAUCUGCUUAUGGGACAUCAGUGCAGUUCCAAAGGAAGGAAAAGUGGUAGCUGCGAAGACCAUCUUCACCCGGCAUACAGCAGUAGUAGAAGAUGUGUCCUGGCAUCUGCUUCAUGAGCCUCUUUUUGGGUCAGUUGCUGAUGAUCAGAAACUUAUGAUUUGGGAUACUCGUUCAAACAAUACUUCCAAGCCAAGCCACUCAGUUGAUGCUCACACUGCUGAAGUGAACUGCUUAUCUUUCAAUCCUUAUAGUGAGUUCAUUCUUGCCACAGGAUCAGCUGACAAGAGUGUUGCCUUGUGGGAUCUGAGAAAUCUGAAACUUAAGUUGCAUUCCUUUGAAUCACAUAAGGAUGAAAUAUUCCAGGUUCAGUGGUCCCCUCACAAUGACACUAUUUUGGCUUCUAGUGGUACUGAUAGAAGACUGAAUGUCUGGGAUUUAAGUAAAAUUGGAGAAGAACAAUCCCCAGAAGAUGCAGAAGAUGGCCCACCAGAGUUGUUUAUUCAUAGUGGUCACACUGCCAAGAUAUCUGAUUUCUCCUGGAAUCCCAAUGAACCCUGGGUGAUUUGUUCUGUAUCAGAAGAUAAUAUCAUGCAGGUGUGGCAAAUGGCAGAGAACAUUUACAAUGAUGAAGACCCUGAAGGAAGUGUGGAUCCAGAAGGACAGGGAUCCUAGAUAUGCCUGCACUUGUAGUUUUAGACUCCCCUUUUUAUUCUUUUCUACCCUGAGAUUGAUUUAACACUGGUUUUGAGACACAGACUUUGUUCAGCUAUCCCUCUAUAAUAGUAUCACCAACAAUGCCAUUAACCCAAGUAGUGGGUAUUUUAUAAAUAUUAAUUGGGGGACUUAAUUCAACAAAGCCACAGAUGUGUAUUUAAAUACUCUUCAGGAAUUUUCUAGUAAAAACCCUGGUCUAAAGUAGCUACGGAAAGGGAUAUGUUACGUGUGAUUAUUUUUCUUCCUAAGCUAUACCCCAGUUUUUCAGACUAAAGGCUAGAGUGAGUAAGGAAUAGAGCCAAAUGAGGUAGGUGUCUGAGCCAUGAAGUAUAAGUAUUGAAAGAUGUCAUU